AUGCCUCGACUAAAAGCUUUAACGACAGGCUCUGUACCGUCCUUUUUGGAUGUAAUUCUCAAUAUUGCUGAUACAGAUACAUCGUCAACACUCGCAUAUCAGGAUACAUGGUUGGCACAGUUUAAGACGAAAGGUGGUCAACUUGUUAUGUAUGGGGAUGAUACAUGGCUUAAAUUGUUUCCUGGAAUGUUUAGCAGAGCUGACGGAACUACAAGCUUCUUUGUAUCAGACUUCACUGAAGUAGACAAUAAUGUUACCCGUCAUGUUCCAAAUGAGCUCUUACAGGAUGACUGGUCAGCACUUAUAAUGCACUAUCUAGGCCUUGAUCAUAUAGGGCACAAAUUUGGCCCCAGAAGCCCACAUAUGAUAACCAAGCAACACGAGAUGGACUCGAUUAUCACUCAAGUCUACACAGCACUAGAGCGGGAAGAACACUUGCAAUCAACCUUGUUCAUUGUGUGUGGAGAUCAUGGGAUGACUGAUGCAGGCAAUCAUGGUGGCUCGUCUAUGGGUGAAACCUCACCGGCCUUACUUUUUAUAUCACCAAUGUUCAAGGCCCUCAAGACUCGUAACGAAAGCCCAACUGAACCUUUGAUCGACUUACAAUACUAUCGAACUGUUGAACAGACGGACAUUACACCAACUUUGGCGGCGCUUCUUGGUUUACCAAUUCCACUAAAUAGCUUGGGCAUAUUUAUCCCGGAGCUUCUUAACUAA